UCAUUUUGUUGUGUGGGUGGGCGCUGUUAAAUUGUGUUGUGCGCUCAGGGAUUUACCAUUGGUCCAGAGAAGAGAUUUGGGGGCAGGCGUCGACUGAACGAAGGUGAAAAUACUUUAACAAUCUCACGAGAAAAUAUGAGAUUUUACUGAUUAUUGUUUACAUUGCAAAAACACGAGAACCGAACCGAAUCGAUCCGGAUUCGGCUGAAACGGAGUCGCGGCGGCACAACUUCCCCGAAACAGAUUGGUUUGUCCCCCGCAGCGAGGAAGACGACUGGAGCCGAACUUUGUUUUGAUCGGACCCGAAAUUCAUCUCACCGCCGGGGGAGAGAGGAAAAGACAGGGGGGGUAACUACAACACUGGCUCAAAGACAUCAUAUAUACCUGGUGGGAAAACGCAGGAUUUCGAGGGUCGCCAUUGUGUGGGAGGAAGGUACCCAACGUAGCCGCGGUAUGGUCCUCGGGGAGAGGGAUGUGAUGGGGAUCCCCGCCUAAGGAGAACCGAAAGGCGGGUUUGGGAUACCCGGAGCUGUCGAGGCCUCCCAGGGAAUCCUCCGUGGUCUACCUCGAGCUACACCGCGCGCUCCAGUGUCUCGGACGCGAACAGGCAGCAACUCGAGGGACGCGGCUGUGGAUGCGGCCUAGCCUGGGAGGGUCUGCCGAGCACCGGGGAGACAACGGGGACGGUUUUAGGGUUAACCACCGGCCCUCCGGAGGACCGAGAAAAUAUAGAAUUACACCAUGAUGGAAGAACUGCAUAGCCUGGACCCCCGACGGCAGGAGCUGCUGGAGGCUCGCUUCACUGGUGUUGGUGUGGCUAAGGGCUCAGGUCAGAAUCAAAACGAGUCCUCCAAUCAGAGUUUAUGCAGUGUGGGCUCGCUUAGUGAUAAAGAGCUAGAGACGCCUGAGAAAAAGGCGAAUGACCAGAGAGUGCGAAAACGGAAAGCAGACCACUUCGACGGCAGCCAGGGCAAAGCCGGAGCAAGGGGGCAUAAAAUUAGUGAUUAUUUUGAGUUUGCGGGAGGUAGCGGUCCUGGUACCAGCCCUGCCAGGGGAAUUCCACCAGUGGUCCGCUCUUCCCCACAACACUCCCUAUCCAACCCCCCUGUCACGGUGCAGCAAGGAAGCCCCUCUUCCAUCGGCUCGGCCAACACAGAGCACUCGACGUGUUCGCUGAAGCCCGCUCCUCUUCACAUGCUCCACAAAGCCACCCAGUCUGACCUUACCAUAGAGAAACUAACCGCAAUGGAGAACAACAAGAACUCUGACCUGGAGAAGAAGGAGGGCCGAAUAGACGAUUUGCUCCGGGCAAACUGUGAUCUGAGGCGGCAGAUUGAUGAACAGCAGAGGAUGCUGGAGAGAUACAAGGAACGCUUAAACAAGUGUGUGACCAUGUCCAAGAAGCUGCUGAUUGAAAAAUCGAAACAGGAGAAGAUGGCAUGCAGGGACAAAAGCAUGCAGGACAGACUUCGACUGGGUCACUUCACCACAGUGAGACAUGGAGCAUCUUUCACAGAGCAGUGGACGGAUGGAUACGCCUUCCAGAACCUUAUCAAACAACAAGAAAGGAUUAACACCCAGCGAGAGGACAUUGAAAGGCAGAGGAAGCUACUGGCCAAACGCAAGCCUCCCUCCAUGGCCCAGACUCCACCCCCGAGCUUGGAGCAAAACAAACGCAAAAGCAAGACCAACGGAACAGAAAGUGAAGCGUUAUCGCAGGCAGAGUACCACGAACAAGAGGAAAUCUUCAAGCUAAGACUAGGGCAUCUUAAGAAGGAGGAGGCGGAGAUCCAGGCGGAGCUAGAGAGGUUGGAGCGAGUGCGGAAUCUGCACAUUCGUGAACUGAAAAGGAUCCACAAUGAGGAUAAUUCCCAAUUCAAAGAUCACCCCACGCUAAAUGACCGUUACCUGCUUCUCCAUUUACUUGGACGAGGAGGUUUCAGUGAAGUUUACAAGGCCUUUGACCUAACGGAGCAAAGGUAUGUUGCGGUCAAAAUUCACCAGUUAAACAAGAACUGGAGGGAUGAGAAGAAGGAAAAUUAUCACAAACAUGCAUGCAGAGAAUAUAGAAUCCAUAAAGAGCUGGACCAUCCACGAAUAGUUAAACUCUACGACUACUUUUCGCUCGACACUGACUCGUUCUGCACCGUCUUGGAGUACUGCGAGGGCAACGACUUGGACUUCUACCUGAAGCAGCACAAGCUCAUGUCCGAGAAAGAGGGCCGCUCCAUCAUUAUGCAGAUUGUCAAUGCCCUCAAGUACCUCAAUGAGAUCAGACCGCCCAUUAUCCACUAUGACCUUAAACCUGGCAACAUCCUCCUGGUGAAUGGCACUGCAUGUGGUGAGAUCAAGAUCACAGAUUUUGGCCUGUCAAAGAUAAUGGAUGACGACAGCUACAACUCGGUAGACGGGAUGGAGCUGACGUCACAGGGAGCAGGGACCUACUGGUACCUGCCCCCUGAGUGCUUUGUGGUUGGGAAGGAACCACCCAAAAUCUCCAACAAGGUGGAUGUGUGGUCUGUGGGAGUCAUUUUCUACCAGUGUUUGUAUGGCCGAAAGCCAUUCGGUCACAACCAGUCCCAGCAGGACAUCCUGCAGGAGAACACCAUACUGAAGGCAACAGAUGUGCAGUUUCCUCCUAAACCAGUAGUCACACCUGAAGCUAAGGCCUUUGUAAGGCGCUGUUUAGUGUACCGUAAGGAGGAUCGCAUCGAUGUGCACCAGCUGGCCAGUGACCCCUUCCUCAUGCCCCACAUCCGCAAGUCGGUGGCCUCGUCGGGCACUUCGGGCACGGCCGUGGCCUCCACAUCCAGCUCCUCCAACAGCAGCGCCUCAAACUGAACUGACUGACUGAACCAUAUGAAAGAGUCGAGUGGGUGGGGGCGGCACCAUAAUGUGUCCACCUUCCCAUUAGCAUCCCACCUUGCCAUGAAGAGUCCAAGAUAAGAGGUCGGACGACAGCAAAGGGUGCGUGAGGAGUCAUGGUUGGGUUGGCAGGGGAGACCGACAUCACCCCUUCAGCCCUCUCAUGUCCACCCACCCCAACUUACCUGUCCUCCUUUCUCAAAAAAGGGUGGCAUUGUUCUGGGGGUCAAAGCCCUGGACGACUCACACAGCAAGGGGCGAGGUUUGGCACUAUGUUGGUUAAAAGGGGGUUCAGUGUUUUGGAUUUUUCUUUUCAGCUCGAAAAAAGAAAAUACAAAGAAGUACAGAACUGCUUCAGCUUGGCCAGAUGAAAAGGACUGCGGGAGGCAUCAUACCUGUACGCACUCACACACAUACACCAUGCAUGAGCCAUUCUGCUCCAAGGUAGUCUGAACUCCCCAAGCUCAAACAUUUAGUUUGUUCUCAUUUCCCUGAACCCGACUGAGAGAACCAGUCUGCCCCGUUAUUGUAUUGAACCCUAAAUAUCUAUGGCUCCACUUUAUCCAACUCGCUGUUUCUGGGAUCCUCUGCCCCACUUAAUUUCCAGACCCAGAUAGUUUUUGACGAGGAGGGACAGAAGCUACUAUCCCAUCUCCACGCUCGCCCUCCAUCUCCUCGUCAAACUCCUGUGACCAAAGCUUUUAACUUCCAGCUGGUGGCAGUGUUCCACCUCAGUUUUUAUAAUGAAUGGUUUUAGAGUCGUGUUACGUGAUAUGGAGUGGAAGCUGUUGAGGAAUGACCCCUUUUUACUAUUUUUUUUUUUUAAAGAACACUUUUCAAUGCAACCAGUUUUAUGGACAAAACUGUUGUUUUUUCAAGUUGCCUUUCACUAGAGCUGUUCUCGUUUUGAUUGAUAUCCCCCCCCCUACCAUAAACACAUAUUUAUUUAGGUAUGUUUUGAAUUUAUUUUUGGCCAAUGAAAUGCAAGGGACUGGUUUACCUUAUAGUACUGUGGGGGAGAUUGGGCCUUAGCAGACAGUUGCAUAAACCAUUAAAUACUAUUGGUUAAAAUGUG